GUGGAGGAACCUUGCGUCCCAAUUUAUUUGCGGGAAGUUGACACGGCAAACAAUCCGUCGCCCAAUAGCGUCGCCAUCUGUGUUGCAAUGACAUGCAAGGAGGUGCGACAGAUUGAACUGCCUGUGAACGGCAUGACUCGUACCGUAUGCAUACAGCGCACGGCAACCGAAACCGAUACCGAAACCCUCUCUCGCAAACCCCCCACCGACACCACCACGGCAGCCCCACCCACGCCAGGCAAACGCUCCAAACGGAAACUCCCCUGGUCACUCUCUACAUUGGAGGGUGCCAAGAAAGUCAAAGCUGAGCCAGCGGAGGCAUCCGUUUUCCACGAGCCUGAUGAGAUUCCGAGAGUCAAAGCAGAGUCGGGGUUGGACCCUAUGGACGUGGAUAUAAAGCACGAAGAAUUCUUCAUCAAGCACGAGCUCAUAAAGAAUGGGCAGCGGUCAUUAGACGCAUGGGUCAAACCGGAAGUGAAAACCGAACUCAAACCCGCACCCGACCCAAACUUCUGGGAACACAUCCUCCACUUCGAUGACCCCGCCCCUCCACCUGGUCUCGCUGCACAACAACAACCGCGCCCGGCGCUCCCCAUACUGUACCACCAAACUGACGACGAAUGCCUCGAAGCCGCUCGGAAGUACCUCCAGCCUUUCAUCGAGGAGGCUGCGGCUGCCGCUGCCGCUUUAGCCGAGUCUCAACCUCAUCCAAGUGAUGGCGAGAGAGACCAGCCACAGAGGGGGAGGCGACGGGCGAGGGUGAAGCCCCGGCGAGGAGGAGGGAGGGGACGCGUGGUGGAGGAGGAUGAGGGGGAUGUGAGGUUGGGUAUGGAUGCGGAGUUUUGGGGUGGUUUGCGCGGGUUUAAUGAGGGGGUGGGGAAGGUUGUGGAUGCCUCUAUAUCGGAGACGGGCAAUGAUGUCGAUACUCGACCUGCUGUUUCCGCGUAUACCAGGACGUCUUCCCAAUCUCGCUUAACUCCCGUUCUUCCAAUCCAACCGUCGUCCGACUCCGACGCAACCACCGACGACGAAGCCCUACCACCUCCGCAUUCCCAUCCUCGUCCCCGCACAGCGUCCCACCAACCCAUCGCAUCCGUAUCCUUAUCAGGCUCACAAUCACAAGCACAACGACCUACUCACGCCACCCAAAGCUAUAGUCAAAGCUAUAGUGAAAGCCAACCACGGACGCAGACGCAGCGAUCGAUGCUUUUGGGGGAUGACGAGAGCGGGACGGAGGAUGAAGAUGAAGAUGAAGAUGAUGGUCGGGGAGGGGCUAAGGGGGCGGCACCGGUGGGGAUACGGGCCGGGACGAGUGGGCGGUUAGGAGCGGGGGAAUUACAGCCGCCGGCACCGACGACGCAAUUCGGGGCCUCGAGGACGAGUACGGCGCACAUCCAUCGCGCACCACAACCUCCAAUACCUGCAACGACUAUCCGCCCGGCAGCUUCGACACCACCCCUCACAGCCACGGCGAUUGCGCCAUCCGUCUCUACACCCACAUUCCCAUCAUCAUCAUCCUCACUCUCACAACCCCGCAAAAACAUCGACGACAUCCUAGACGAUCUCUUCUUCUGAUACACCACACCUACUUCAUUCACUUCAUUCAGUCCACGUAGCAGCCAGCGUCAGUGUCAGCGUCAGUGAUUAGUAGAGGCGAGAGAGGUUCGGGCCUCCGCUUGCGUAAACUUUUUGUACCGUCAUUGUCUCUCUGGGCGGGA